AUGGGGGAUGUGCACCUGAGGCUGUACCCCGACGAGUGCCCGAAGACGGUAGAGAACUUCACCACGCACUGCCGCAACGGCUACUACGAUAACCUCAUCUUCCACCGGGUGAUCAGGGGCUUCAUGGUCCAGACGGGGGACCCCCUCGGCGACGGCACCGGCGGCCAGUCCAUCUGGGGCCGCGAGUUCGAGGACGAGUUCCACAAGAGGUAGUGUUUCUUCUUCUUCUUCUGCUGCUGCUGCUUCUUCUUACCAUCUUUCCCUCUCUGUCUCUGUCUGUUCCUUUCUCUCUCUACUGUGGGUGGGCAGCCUGAGGCACGACCGGCCGUUCACGCUGUCGAUGGCGAACGCGGGGCCGAACACGAACGGGUCGCAGUUCUUCAUUACGACGGUGGCGACGCCAUGGCUGGACAACAAGCACACCGUCUUCGGGAGGGUCGUCAAGGGGAUGGACGUCGUUCACGUAGGCAUCCUCCUCCCUCCCAGUAGAGAUUGA